AUGGGGACAAUGGAGACACAGUUUAAUGAUUUAAUUCAUCAUCAAAGGUUUCAAAGAUUUGAAGUAUGUGUUUCAAAGGAAGGCCCUACCCCUGUCCACUUUGCACUAAAAAACUUGUCGUCUCAUAGAAAUGAUCUCACAACCAGAUUGGUACUAAAAUGUUCCUACUUCAAAUGCGGGGCCAACGAUGCCUUUCAAGAAACAAAUGGCACAAAGCUUUCUUGCGUCUUAAAAGAGGCAAUAUCUCUUUCACUCUUGGUUACAUCUGUGUUUGAGUUGAAAAAAAUUAAAAAAGCCAAAAACCAACGUAUCUCACUUUUGUUAGUUAAAGAGGCAUCAAUUUCAAAUUUGCUUAUAAGUAAAUUAUUGGAUGCUUGA